AGGGCUGAGACACUCUUCAUCUCAGACACCAUGCGUCCUGAUACAUCUGCCCACCAUCGGAAGGGCGCGACCCCUCGCCGUCGUCCUCCAGGGCCGUCUACGUCCACUUCUACACCCAAGUCCCCUAAGAAAAGGGUUCCAGCUCCAGAGAGGCCUCUUGCAUCUCCAAAAAAGAGAAGGUUCAGACCAGGAACCAGGGCCCUGAUGGAGAUCCGUAAAUACCAGAAGAGCACUGAUCUCCUGAUCCACAAGAAACCCUUCUCCCGCCUGGUCCGAGAAAUUUGCAAAAAACUUGCCAGGGAACAACUGCGAUGGCAGGUCUAUGCUCUUAUGGCCCUGCAAGAGGCUGCAGAGGCCUUCAUGGUUUUGCUGUUUUCAGACGCCAACCUGUGUGCCAUCCAUGCCAAACGGGUCACCCUCUUUCCACGGGACAUUCAACUGGCCAGAAGAAUCCGGGGAGUGGAUAACUUGUGAAAACCGUUCCUGAAGGACAAGGACUCGUUACACCUUCCCUGAUCCUCAGUGCAGUAUAGUAAUAUGGUGUUGGCCUCAAAGGUUGUCGUUACUGCCUUACGUGUUUAUUGUAGAACACAU